AUGAAGAAGUAUUGGAGGAGUUUGAAACAACUAAAAUUUAAAUUAUUAUCGUCAAUAAUUAGCAAUCCUACCGAUAUUCGUCCUUACGCUCGUGUUACCGUUUUUGAUGAACAAGUGGAUGGUUUGUUAGAUACUGGUGCGUCUAUUAGCUGUGUCGGAAAUGCCCUAGCUGAGCGAAUUCUCCAAAUGAACAUUCCAUUUAAAAAGAUGUCAUCAACUGUAAGAACUGCUGAUGGUAAACAACAAAAGAUAGUUGGUUCUUUAAAAACUCUCAUCAAAUUUAAAGGUAUUGAGAACUCCAUUGAGUUGUUCAUUAUUCCUUCCUUGUCACAAUCAUUAUAUUUGGGAAUUGACUUUUGGAAAUCCUUAAAUAUUCUGCCUGAUUUUAGUCUCUUUUCAAUUAGCGACACAGAAUUCAAAGAAAAGAAUCAAGAAGCCAAAUUUUGCAAACUGGAUGCUGCGCAGAAAAGCUCCUUACAGGAUGUAAUCAAGUUAUUUCCGUCAUUUGCAAAAGAAGGACUAGGAAAGACUAAACUUAUUGCCCAUUCAAUCGAUGUUGGUAAUUGCCGGCCAAUCAAGCAACGUCAUUAUCCUGUCUCACCUGUGAUCGAAAAGAUGAUAUAUGAAGAGUUAGAUCGAAUGUUGAAUCUAGGAGUUAUUGAAGAAUCACUUAGUCCAUGGAGCUCGCCCGUAGUUCUAGUUCGUAAACCUGGCAAAAAUCGACUUUGUCUCGAUAGUCGAAAAGUUAAUAUGGUGACUGUUAAAGAUGCUUAUCCUCUCCCUUUCAUUGACGGUAUCUUAAGCAGACUACCAAAAGCUAAGUUUAUUACGGGAUUAGAUCUAAAAGAUGCUUUUUGGCAGAUUUCCCUAGAUGCGGAAUCUAAGGAAAAGACCGCCUUCACAGUGCCAGGUCGUCCGCUGUAUCAAUUUACGAUUAUGGCUUUUGGUUUAUGCAACGCACCUCAAACGAUGUCUAGUCUCAUGGAUAAAGUUAUCCCGAAUGAGUUGAAAACAGAAGUUUUCGUUUAUCUCGAUGAUUUGCUGAUAGUUUCGAACGAAUUUGUUCAUCAUCUGGAGGUAUUGAAAUUAAUUGCAAAAAGAUUUAGGGAGACUGGAUUAACAAUAAAUGUGGAAAAGAGGACAAAACGAAAGUUCCUUUGGACAUCAGAAGCACAGAAAGCAUUCGAUGUGCUGAAAACUAAGUUAAGUACUGCUCCUGUUCUUCACAGUCCUGAUUUUUCUAUGAAUGAAGAAGGCGAUGAGUUACCAAUAGCCUUUAUGUCAAAAAAGUUAAAUAAGGCUCAACGUAAUUACACAGUCACUGAGCAAGAAUGCUUAGCUGCGUCAGAUUGGUCACUUAAAUUACAAGCCUUUAAUUUCAAAAUUAUUCAUCGCAAAGAUCAUGAAAUAUUUGUUGACUUGGAAUCUCCUUAUUUUGAAUCAAACGAAUAUUUAAAUUUGAUCAAGGAAUUUCAAGAAAACCUCUCGAGUUUCCCAGAUAUCAAAAUAACGGAAGGCCGAAUUUAUAGGCGUAGCAACAGUAUACACAACGACGCCUUGCAUGACGAAUUUUCCUGGAAGCUCUGGUUACCAAGAGAAAUGACGAAUGAAGCAUUAUGGCGUGCUCAUGCAGAUUGUUUGGCUGCGCACGCUGGAAUGAAUAAAACCUUGGAAAAUUUGAGAAAAUACUAUUAUUGGUCUGGUAUGGUCAUCAGUGUUCGUGACUUUAUUAACUCUUGUGAAGCCUGUAAAGUUAACAAGCAUCCUAACCAAAUUCUCCGACCACCCAUGGGUAAAAUGGCAGACACAGACCGGUUUCUAGAAAGACUUUAUGUCGAUUUUGUUGGUCCUUAUCCACGCUCUCGUAGGGGAAAUAUCGGAAUACUGGUAGUAUUGGAUCAAUUUUCCAAAUUUCCUUUUAUCAAACCUGUCAAGCGACUCAAUACUGAGGUGGCAUAUCAGAAGAAUUGGGAUGAAGAACUGAGUGGUAUAGCUUGUGCUUUGAGGUCGAGCAUUCAUUCUGCGACCGGUAAAGAACCGUAUUAUGUUGUAUUUGGUCAACACAUGGUUACCAACGGUAAAGCUUACUCCCUAUCGCGGAAGCUUAAACUUCUGGAUGAUCAUUCAUUACGAUUAUCUCGUGAGGAUUCAGUUCAGUUAACAAGUCGAUUAACUAAACAUCGAAGAGCAAAGCAAUUUAACAGAAACGAAAAGAGCUACAACUUAAGAUCCACGGUGGUGAAUUUUGUUGAAGGCCAAGAAGUUAAUCGAAGAAAUUUUAAACAAUCCAGCUUUGUUAAAUGUUAUAACGCUAAACUUGAACCGGUUUUUGUCAAAGCUCGGAUACGAAAAAAAAUUGGAAAUUCCUGCUAUGAGUUGGAAGAUCUGCAGGGUAAUGUUGUGGGAAUUUAUCAUGCUAAAGAUAUUAAGCAGUGA